AUGUCUGAAGACGAAGAACAAGAUUAUUCACAACUUCAGUCAGAACAGAAUCGGAAACAGAAAAAAGCAGGGGGAUGGCAAGCCAUGGGAUUGGAUCACACGGUUUUCAAAGGAAUAGAAAGAAAGGGCUACAAACAACCUACUCCUAUACAGAGAAAAACAAUUCCUUGCAUUCUUGAUGGCAAAGAUGUGGUGGCUAUGUCCCGAACAGGCAGUGGAAAAACAGCUGCUUUUGUCAUACCUAUGUUACAACGGCUUAAAAGGAGAGACACCAGAGGUAUUAGAGCACUUUUGGUGUCACCGACUCGGGAGUUAGCACUCCAAACUUUCAAAGUUGUUAAAGAGCUUGGACGAUACACUGGUUUGCGAUGUGCCGUAUUGGUAGGAGGAGAUGCAAUUGAAGACCAAUUCUCUACUAUUCAUGAAAAUCCCGACAUAUUGAUUGCAACUCCCGGACGACUUCUACAUGUUGUCGUCGAAAUGGAUUUGCGGCUAAGUUUUGCCCACUACGUAGUUUUCGAUGAAGCUGAUCGUCUUUUCGAAAUGGGCUUUCAGGAUCAGUUGGCGGAAACUCUGAAAAGAAUUCCGGAAAGCAGACAAACUUUGUUGUUUUCUGCUACUCUUCCAAAGAUAUUGGUAGACUUUGCAAAAGCUGGUCUUUCAGAUCCGAUGCUCGUUCGCCUCGACGUUGACGAAAAGAUAUCAGAUCGUUUGUCUAUGGUUUUUGCAACCUGCAGAGCUGAUGAAAAACUUGCUGUCCUACUUCAUUUAUGUCGACAAAUGAAUAGCGAAGGAAAACAAACCGUGGUGUUCUGCGCAACAAUGAAACAUGUCGAAUACGUUGUUGGCAUAAUGAACCGUGCUGGAAUUGACAACUCUUUCAUCUACAGUCAACUAGACACGACCGCUAGGAAACUAAAUAUUCAGAAAUUCGCUGAAAGGAAAAAUAAUAUUCUUAUUGUUACUGAUGUCGCCGCUCGUGGUGUGGAUAUCCCGCUGCUGGACACUGUCAUUAACCUCCAUUUUCCUCCAAAAGCCAAAUUAUUUGUGCAUCGAGUGGGGCGUGUAGCGCGUGCUGGUCGUAGCGGUACUGCGAUAUCGCUAAUCGCUCCUGAUGAAUUACCCUACCUUGCUGAUCUCUUCCUUUUCCUAGGAAAACCAAUGGAAUUUGCACAAGAUAAUGAUAAGUAUAAUGAGCAAACUACUCUCAUCGGCAGAGCUCCUGAGGACAUUGUUGGUCUGGAGUUUGAGUUCUUCAACACAAUCCAUGAUAAUAACGAAGAAAUGGUUGAUCUUAGGCAGAAAGCGACUAACGCCAUGAUGCGAUAUAUCCGUACUCGUCCACCUCCGUCGGCCGAAUCUGCAAGGAGAGUUAAGGAUGAACUGAGGAUAAAAGUGUCGGAGUGUGCCGGCCAUCCUUUUUUGCGGCUACCUGGAAAUACUCAACGCUACAACAUUUUAAAUCGGUUAGCCAACUACAAAACUGCUGCGACAAUUUUCGAAGUCAAUGUGGGGAAUAAGUCACACUCUGCUGCUGUCAUGAAGAAGAAGCGUCGGCAGCAUCAAGAGCGUAUCCGUGAGAUGCAAGAACAAAAGGAGAAGAAAAAAGAAGCGCUGCUUGAUGGUCACGAAAAUGAUCACGAUUUGGGAAACUCGAAUGUUGAACAGGCAGAUGAUGCAGCUAUCUCUGAAGCUUUCACAAAAGUUAUUGGUCGCGGGCUACGCGGCUCUGCGGAGGAUGUUGAAGUCAAAACAUCUAACAGGAUUGAUAGGGCGGAAGAACGAAGGCGGGAAAAGGCUCGUCAUUUUAUCGCCUACUCAUCAGCGGACUAUCAGUCAGAAAAGCACUUAGCUCUGGAUAAGGUGGAUUUCGCUAGACAAGCUGAUGGAGCAACUGUAGAAAUAUUUGCUGAUGACGAUAAAGGAAUGUACAAGCAGAAGAAUGCGAAGCGAUGGGACCGUAAAAAGAAACGGUUUGUCGGAACUUCUGGUGAUGGGCCUGAUAACAAGAAAAUCCGCACCGAAGAUGGCACGUGGUUGCCUGCGUCAUAUAAGACAGGUCGCUAUGAAGAUUGGAAAAAGAAGCAAAAGCUUGGUUACAAAAAGGGCUAUGAAGACGGUGACGAUCAAGAAGCAAAUAGAUCGAAUGAAAAUAAAACUGCCAGAUAUGAUAAAUGGAAAAAUCAUAAUAGAAAGCAGCAAACAAAAUUCUCAAGAUCGGAGAUCAGAAACGUUAGUCAGAUUAGAAAAAUCCGCAGAAAGUCCGCGAAACUCCAACAGUAUAUGGAACAUCGAAGGCAGGAGAAUCUUACAAAGAAAGCUGAUCGUCCUGGCGGGAGGAAGGGAGGUGGUGGGAAAAGACGGAAAUGA